AAUCGUAAUCACUCCUUGACUUCUGUAUAAGCACUAAGUUUGUGUCUAACUUGGCUAUUUAUAAUGAUAACACGAUAAGGCGAUACGUUGUCAUUGUGCUGUUAAAACAACUCUGUUGUGGUCACUGUCCUUGCAGUGCCAACAGCAGAUCCAUAGUGAUUUUGCCAGAAAGUUACCAUUCAAAGGUGAAGCCGAUUAACGUGCCACCGUGCUAUUUGGAACUUGCUCCUGAGGCGGCGUAACCUCCAUGGUACCGUUGUACCUUCCUCACGGGGCCUCUGACACCACUCAUUCUAGAGGAGGAAGAUUUAUGUAACCAAAGUAUAAUAAACGCAAAGCUCAGUUUACAAAAUCUGUAGACAAGGCACAGACAUUACAGCUGCUGAGCAGGCCCAGGAGAAGGUUGAGUCCUUGAAACCAAGUGAUGAAGACACCGUUUCAGGGAUGGGGCGGGGGGUGGCCAGGUGAGGGACAUUAGUGACAUUGAUGAGAACUUUUGAUGGAAAUGUUGAUGAAUAUGGUUUCAAGAGAGAACAGGAAGAGAGAGAUUGAGACAGAAUCCAAAACUCUCUAUCAAAAAGUAUCAUCUUCAGAGCUAUGAUCCUCCUGAAACUGUGUGCACUUAUGGUUUUCUGGGAAAAGAAUGUUCACUUUCUUAAGAUUCUUUGGAGUUUCCUGGCCCCAAAGAGUUUAUUGCAACAUUAGCGAGUAUGUUGGGGUUAUGCCAGCAUUCAUCUCUCACUUUCAAUGAUUUUAACCAGAAAUGAGUUUAAUUUCUUUGUUGGACACCAUUCUUUUCCAGGACAUCAAGUAUAUUUGGUUUAAGGUAGGAAAUUCCAUGUAGGAAGUCCACAGUUAGGAUGCUAAAUAAGAGGAGGAGAAAGUAGGAGGCAUUUUUAUUUUCAGCUAGGUAGUUUGCCACACGACUCUCAUGAUUUACUUGCUCGAAAGAAAUAGACUCUCUUUAAAAACCACCAAACUUGAGAACUUGAACUCUGGAGAUGAGAGUCAAACCUCCUAAUUGUUAUAGGUGCAGAACAAGCCCAGAGCAGUUAAGAGGCCUGCUCAGGGUCACGGCUCUCGGUGACAAGGCCGGUGACAAGGCCAGUGCCGCUGCGCAGGCGCCUGCGGCUGUGUGUCCUCCCUGUGCUGGGUUGCCCGUCCCUGUCCUGUGCCGCUCGCUGCCACCGAGCAAGGCACCCGACCCUGCUGCAAGGAAUUGCAUCUUGCUCCGUCUCUGUGCAUGUCGAAGCCCGACUUGGAGUAUGGGGGUCCCUACGCCUGGACAAAUGGUUAUGAUGGAGAAUUACAUGAACCACAGUCCCUACAUAGAAGAUCUAGCAGGAAUUCCAGCUACAGCGGUGACGGCAGAUUCUCUACUUUGUCAUCAUCCAGGGAGGAGAAGUUGGCGUCCGUGUUCGAUGAGAGCAGCCUUGGCGGGGCCCCGUGGAGCAGGGCCGGCGGUUCCCGGGCUCCCUCGGAGUGCAGCGGCCACCUCAACUCCGGCUCCCGCGCCUCCUCCAGGGCCAGCUCGGCGCGGGCCAGCCCCGUGGUUGAAGAGAGACCAGACAAAGAUUUUGCUGAGAAGGGCUCUCGCAACAUGCCGGGCCUGUCUGCGGCCACGCUGGCCUCCCUGGGAGGGACAUCCUCUCGGAGAGGCAGCGGGGACACCUCCAUCUCCAUCGACACUGAGGCCUCCAUUAGGGAAAUCAAGGAACUCAGUGAGUUAAAGGACCAGAUUCAGGACGUAGAAGGCAGAUACAUGCAGGGACUGAAAGAGAUGAAGGACUCCCUAGCGGAAGUUGAGGAGAAAUAUAAGAAGGCUAUGGUGUCCAACGCUCAGCUAGACAAUGAAAAGACAAACUUCAUGUACCAGGUUGAUACUCUAAAAGAUAUGUUGUUGGAACUUGAAGAACAACUGGCUGAAUCUAGGCGACAAUAUGAAGAGAAAAACAAAGAAUUCGAAAGGGAAAAACAUGCCCACAGUACGCUGCAAUUUCAGUUUGCUGAAGUGAAAGAGGCCCUGAAGCAAAGAGAAGAAAUGCUUGAGGAAAUCCGACAGCUACAGCAGAAGCAGGCGAGUUAUAUCAGGGAGAUUUCUGACCUUCAGGAAACAAUAGAGUGGAAAGACAAAAAGAUAGGGGCAUUAGAGAGGCAGAAAGAGUUCUUUGAUUCCAUAAGGAGUGAACGAGAUGAUCUUAGAGAAGAAGUAGUCAUGCUGAAAGAGGAAUUAAAGAAACAUGGAAUAAUCCUAAAUUCAGAAAUAGCUACUAAUGGAGAGACUUCAGACACUCUAAAUAACGUUGGAUACCAAGCUCCCACCAAGAUCACAAAAGAGGAGUUAAAUGCCCUCAAGUCGGCGGAUGGGACACUAGGAAGAGCCAAUGAAGUGGAGGUGAAAGAUGAAAUGGUGGAGAAUGUGGGGAAAAGAGCAAUCUUGCAGAAUACUGAGAAAGAGCAGCACACAGAGGACACGGCAGAGCGUUGUGUGGACGUGGAGGCACACCCCGGUGGCAGUGCCGAGGACCAGCAAGCCUCCGAUGGAGACAGAGUGACCCCCCUGGGGACGGUAGCGGGUGCCGACCGUGAGGAGCAGGCUCAGAGCCAAGGUCCAGAGAACACCCCUCUCUUUGCAAGCGUAGAGCAGGUUAAGUCCCCUGAGGGCACACACGUGCCGGAUGACAGGACUGGAGCUUUCCUUAGCCACCGUUUGAGCGAUUUAGACGGGGAAGCCCCAGGUCCUAGGAGCAGGCAGGGCAGUUGUGAUAAUGCCUUCGAUAUCGAAAGCCAGAGUAGGGAAUCUGUGGAAAAGCAGGAAAAAGGAAAACAAGAGGAUUCUAAAAGCGACUCGGAAGAGGUUAGCCCAGAGCCGCGUCAGGAGUCCGCUCCUCUGCCGACAUCUGAACUGGAAAAGGGGGGAGGCGCAGACCCCUGUGGGCAGAGUGCGAGCCGCACAGAGUACGUGGCACAGGCAGGGGACGCCCCGGGUGGGCAGCAGCUGGGCACAGCGUGUCAUGACGAGCAGCGUGCGGGAGCUGCCCCGGAGGAGCUGGAUCCAAGCGUGGGGCGCAGUUUAGAGAAAGAAGUGACCAGCCAGGAAGCAGCGGAGCCCCAGGCGGCCCCGGUGCAGAGCAUGGACGCAGGUGGGGAGGGCAGUGAAGGGGAGAGUGAAGAAGCAGGGAUUGGGGGUGAGCAACCAGUCGAGGCAGGUGUCCAGAACGUUCCUGGUUCGCCAGCAGCCAAGAGCCAUCAUCAGGAGGCAGCCGGCCCAAGCCUGGUCGACACUGAACAUGACCCCCUAGACACGAGAGAGCCCAGGGAGGAGAAGAGCGGCCACCAGGCAGGGGCCUUGGAGUCAUCACCCAGGAAGGCAAAGAACAAGAAGAAGAAAAACAAGAAGAAAAAGUCACCAGUGCCUGUAGAAACCCUUAAGGAUGCUAAGAAAGAGGUGACACAUGAGAGCACAGACAUAAGCGAAGUUCAGGAGGAAGAGCAGGUGACCUUCACUGAUGGAGAGUCCACAGUGGAAGCUCAGGAUGAGGUGGCUGAAAAUCCAAAGCAGAGCACUGUGGCAGGAAGCGGGGAAAAUGCUGAUUGUCCAGAAAACCCUGAAAUUGAGUUGGAUGGAGCACUUAACCAAGAAAUAGUAAAAACACAAGCAGGGAGAGUAACAGCCGGUGGAGACACGUUAGAGUUUGAAGAUGACACAAUCCAAUCCUCAGGCCCUAGUGUUAGUGAUAAAGAACUAGAUGAAGAUGUUAUUAAAAGUAACGCUAAGACAGAAGGUGCCACCCAAGACAGUCCCCCCGAACCGGAGAAUGAAGCAGUCAGUGGCCACAGCCCGCUUGGAAGUCAGAGUCCCGUGGAGGAAAUGAACGAUGCCCCCCAAACAGGCAGUGCAGGGGGGCCCACGAUGCCGGAACACCCUGGUGGGAGAGGCGACAGAGCCUUAGACAGCAUUAGUCUAGAAAGCGACGACUUCCCGGCACCAGCGGGAGAGGCAGGGGACUUGGAUUCAGAAAGCAGCGAAGACACGAAAAGAGGGGGUGAGAAGGGCAGGAGCAAGGAAGACUGCACCAUGUCCUGAGCAAGGCCGCUGCACAGGGCCGCGCGAUGUGAGGCCGGGUUUUAGAGGGGCCAGGGACUCUGCACAGUAAGUCUAAUCAUCAGAGGCUCCCGUCUGUCAUCUCCCCUGGCGACGUAAGUAGAAUGUUCUAAGUUGAUUCAGAUGCACUGUACGACGUCAAUCAGGUCCUCUGCUGCUCUAAGGCACAGGACUGCUACUUGUAGGUUCAUAUUUAAUCAUUGACGUUGUCACCCAGGUUAGGAAGAAAGACAUGUCUGUUAUCACUGUAAGUUCCAACAGAGAGCAUUCCAGUAGUAUCAGACAAUAAUGUGUACUGUUUAUAUUCUAGCCUAAAAUGAAAUAAAAAUGUGGAACAAUUGCCUUGGGCUGAUAUGAACGUGGCCAUUCUUGACCAAACAUAUCAGCUUCUAACGGAAAUGACCAAACAGCUUUCUUAGAUUUCUGUAUUAGGAGUAUAAUUGAUAUUUAAAUUAAUGCCUCCUUCACAUACGUGUACUUUCAUACUUGAUUUUAGUAUAUACAUUGUAACCUGUACGGCAUUGUAUUUAAAGGAGAUAAACACCCAAAUAGCAAAUAGGUCACUGAGUGAUAAGAUUUGCACCUUAGGACAAUAAUUAAUCAUUUUAGGGUUAACAAUCUCUCAAAGCAUGAGGGGACUCUUAUUUUCCUUUACUUCAUGUAAAUCUUUUAUCUCAAAUCAAUGCUUUUGGAUCUCACUGUUAGUGAUACCGGAAUUUACUUUGUAGGAGACUUUGACUUCACUUCAUGCUGUUGCUAUGUACCAAAUUCAAUUUAUACUACGAUUUUUUUAAAAAAACUUUUUUAUGGAAGUGACAUAUGUUGAAAUUUCAUUUCCUACUGCAGUAUUUGGGCAGGGAAGUCAUUAAAUGGUUUUGGACCUUAAAAUUACUUCUCUUUCUGUUUGAGUGUCUAAUCAUUAUGCAAGAGAGCAAUAUAAAGGGUUACUUCUUGUGCAGACUACUAAUUAGACUAUAACAAGAUAUUUUAAAGAGUUGAACCACUUUUGGUAUUUUGGUAUAAAUAUUUUCAUUUAUUGUUUCUCAGCAUAUUGUUACUUGAAAAUUCUUGUUUCGAUCUGCCUGAAGAGAAAAUAUAUUUUCUAUACAAAGGAGCAUUUAAAAAAUAAUUAUAAAGGUAGACUAAAAAAUUGUGACACAUGAAAUCACAAAGGAAUGUAUGUUAUGAAUGCUAAUUGACACUUUAUGAGAUUAUGUGUGUUCCUAUUACUGUUACAAGAUAUAAUUGAAUGCAAAAAGACCAAAACCUCAGUAAAAGUUGAGGCAAACAUAAGUGUUACUAUGUAAUUGAAAUAAACACAUUUUAUAAUUUUACAA